AUGGCCUGGGACUCCCUGCGCAGCAGGGACUUACUGCGCCCCAAGAUACGAAGUGCUUCAAGCUGGAUGCCUGGUAGCCCAAGCAGUGCUGAAACACCAUCCCUGGAGGAGCUGCGGCGCCUGCUUUGCACACGCACACACCCGACGGGGCAUGUGGAUGAAGUCUGGCCAAAUCUUUACGUGGGAGAUCUGUACAUUGCUCGUGACAAAGAACAGCUGAGCCGAAUGGGCAUCUCCCAUGUUGUAAAUGCCGCUGCUGGGCGAUUUCACAUCGACACUGGACCCAAGUUCUACAAAGACCUGCCUGUGGAUUACUAUGGAGUAGAGGCAGAGGACAACCCGAACUUCGAUCUCAGCAUUUACUUCUACCCGGUCGCUCGUUACAUAAGAGCAGCACUGAACUCCCCAAGAGGCAAAGUGCUGGUUCACUGUGCAAUGGGAAUUAGCCGAUCGGCAACUCUUGUCCUCGCUUUCUUAAUGAUCUGUGAAGACAUGUCCCUCGCUGAUGCCGUUCGGACUGUACGCUCACAUAGAGGGAUCUGCCCCAACUCCGGUUUCCUCAAGCAGCUUCAGGAGCUCGACCUCCAGCUAGGAAGAAGGAAAAGCAGAGAAGCAGGAGCCUGCUAGUGCCAACGAGCAGUGCCUCCUGGCACUGGACCGAGAGAUGCUAUCCUCCCUGAAGACAGUGCAAGGAUACUGUCAGGACUGCUCUAUAACUGUGCUGAGAGAUUCCCUGGGAAACGACUGGUCUGGUCGGAGUGCAGUAUGUAUACGUUUUGGAUAAGCCUACUAAUUAAAGAAAAUGAAAUAAAGGAU